GUAUGAUCUUUAAGCAGGUUGUUCCUGUUUUCGGUGAAAAUAAGUCAACAGCCACCUUUACAGGAAAUGACAAACCAGGGCUUUCCUUUGUAUCUUUUCUUUUCAUGUUUAGCCAUGAUCAGUGCAGAAGAGACAGAAAAGGGUUCAUGCUACCGGAUAGCUCCAGGUAUGCUGGCAGGUGUGGUUCUUGGUGACAUCGCACUUACAAUACUGAUUGUCGCGGCUACAUAUUACUGUGCUAGUAAGCGUAGAAUCAAGAAGGAAAAGGCUGAUAAAGUCUACAUGAAUGUCAGAGCGAACUGCAAACAAUAAGCAGCUUAAGAGGAUGAAGAUCUGACAGUAACAGUAAUACUUUACUAUUUUCCAAAAAAUGUGUGGCAGUCCUCUCACUUUUCAGACCAGAAGAUAUUUAUUUGUGUUAUAUAAAUAUUUUUUGCUAAAAUUGUCCAGUAUGCUUGCUUCAUCUAACAACUAUAAUAACUACAUGCAUAAUAUAUAUAUAUAUAUAAUAUCUUUUAAUGGCUUAAAAUUAGUUAGUUUUUUUCUGUCUGUACGGUUGUGUUGUGUGAAUCAUUUUAAAUCUGUGAAUAAAUUUAUUUGAAUGUC